GCGAGGCGGACCGGCUGUAUAAAAGCUCGGGUCUCACAUGUUCCUCCAGCAUCAUUCUCUCUCCAAGCGGACCUACAUCUCUCCCUCUUCCCAGAGAGCAACCAUGAUGCACCUGAGCGCGUACGAGACGUCGUGCCAUUCCUUGGUCGUACUUUGCAUCUUGCUGAGGAGUUGCCAUGCAUUACAAAACGACGCCACGGAGCUCCUGUUAUCGCACGUGAGCGCGCCGGUGCCGGAGGUUCAGAGCAAUGUGACCCUGAACCGAGCCCGGACCGGCGGGAGAGGAGCGGGCAGCGCAGGGCAGGACAGAGGGGAGCGAGGCCAAAUUGGAUGCAGAGAGCUGAGGUCCACAAAGUACAUCUCUGAUGGCCACUGCACCAGCAUCAACCCCAUCAAGGAACUGGUGUGCGCUGGAGAGUGUCUCCCAGCUCAGAUGCUUCAGAACUGGAUUGGCGGCGCCUAUGGCAGGAAGCUCUGGGGUCGUCGGAGCAGCAACCAGGACUGGCGGUGUGUCAACGACAAGACCCGCACCCAGCGCAUCCAGCUGCAAUGCCAGGAUGGCAGCACAAGAACAUACAAAAUCACUGUUGUCACCUCCUGCAAGUGCAAGAGGUACUCGAGGAUGCACAACGAGUCGGGCAACAAAUUUGAGGCGCCGGCUUUGUUGCCACCGCAGCUCCUGCACAAGCACAAGUCCAAGAGCAAGAGGAGGCUGGGGAAGAACCGGCUGAGUGAGAACUGGCACGAAGCUGAGCCCUGAGACUCACUCUGAAUCCUUAUGACCCUACGGAGUUUUGUCUCUGUGACAUUGAGACACUAUGUCCAGAGUUUGUGGAUUAUCUCUCAAUGUGACUGGGACUUAAUUUAGGUGAAGCUGGUUCCCUACUAUGAUGGGAGAACUCCAAAAGGCAUGCUAAGGACUUUUCUUGUUGUUAUAUCCAAAAGGUGAAAAGAUAAUGUGAACAGAACUGCAGUGCUUUCUGGAGUCCCAAGCUAACACACAAUGUCCCUGAAUGUAGCCAUAUGCAUGCGUUCCUAUAUAUUCAGUGUAUGUGCAGAUGGAGAGCUAAAGUUCAAGCACCAACACCAGUAAACACCAAACAUCUCAAAUAAAAUUCAGUGUAAAUACUUGUACAUAUAUCAAAUUCUUACUUGCCUUUUUAAGAAUGGCCAUGUGUAUAAAAUGUUACUUUGUAAGAUUUAUGAUUUUUUGAUGUAAUAUAUUCUCUGUGACAACAUAUAAUAUGAUUGCUUAAUUGACUUCAGCAUGUGGGUAAAACCUGGAAAAGCGUUGUCAUCAAUCAGUCUUGUAGUAACUUUAUACAAAAUAAAUAUCCCUUUUUGUAUCA